UCGCCAACCGCAGAUUUACCGUGUCGCGUCGACUUUUCGCAAGGCGGCAAGGCGAGCUCCAUCUCACGACAACUUCGACGACAUCUAUGUGCCAUCUCGAAGCAAUUUCUUUGCAUUUUCCAAUCUCAAGCCAUCAGUUCGUUCCCAUCUAAUAGUUUCCGUCGAAAUAAUGGUACAAAUCAGCGAGGUCAAGGGCAAUGCUCGCGACAAUCGUACCGCAGCCCAUACACACAUCAAAGGUCUAGGUCUCAAGCCAGAUGGAACGGCAGAAAAACAGGCUGGCGGAUUUGUGGGACAAGCUGAAGCCCGAGAGGUAGGACCUCAAUCGAAGUUUUUUGGUCGUUACUAAUGAUCAUGGUUCAAUAGGCUUGCGGUGUUGUGGUCGACUUGAUUAGAGCGCAAAAGAUGGCUGGCAGAGCUAUAUUGCUGGCAGGUGGUCCAGGGACUGGAAAAACGGCUCUGGCUCUCGCCAUAAGCCAGGAACUCGGAACGAAAGUGCCAUUUUGCCCAAUCGUGGGAAGCGAAUUAUACUCGACAGAAGUCAAGAAGACCGAAGCCUUGAUGGAAAACUUCCGCAGAGCCAUUGGACUCAAAGUCAGAGAGACGAAGGAGGUUUACGAAGGAGAGGUUACAGAGCUUACACCUGAAGAGGCGGAAAAUCCCCUUGGCAGUUAUGGCAAAACAAUCAGCACCUUGUUAAUUGGACUGAAGAGCGCAAAGGGCCAAAAGAAGCUUCGGUUAGACCCGAGUAUUUACGAAGCUAUACAGAAGGAAAGAGUCACGGUUGGCGAUGUCAUAUAUAUCGAGGCAAAUACCGGAGCUUGCAAACGUGUUGGCAGAUCUGAUGCAUACGCGACGGAAUUUGAUCUGGAAGCCGAGGAGUAUGUUCCAAUACCCAAAGGCGAGGUUCAUAAGAAAAAGGAAAUAGUUCAGGAUGUUACAUUACAUGAUCUCGACAUUGCCAACGCGCGACCCCAAGGCGGACAGGAUAUCAUGAGUAUGAUGGGCCAAUUAAUGAAACCAAAAAUGACCGAAAUCACCGAGAAACUAAGGAGUGAAAUCAACAAGGUGGUCAAUAAAUACAUUGAUCAAGGUGUUGCUGAACUUGUUCCUGGUGUUCUCUUCAUCGACGAGGUAUGAAGUAUGCUGAAAUCAUUUCGCACUGGAGGCUAACUUUCAGCUAGGUUCACAUGUUGGAUAUCGAGUGCUUUACAUAUCUCAACCGUGCGCUGGAGUCGAGUAUUUCCCCCAUCGUUAUUCUUGCUUCAAACCGGGGCAUGUGCACGAUCCGUGGGACUGAGGACUUAAUUUCGGCGCACGGUAUUCCUCCUGAUCUUCUUGCCCGCCUGCUGAUUAUUCCAACCAACCAGUACGAGGCAGACGAAAUCAAAAGAAUCAUCAAAAUUCGGGUACAGGUCGAAGGCUUAGCGAUUACUGAAGCUGCGCUGGAAAAGAUUGCAGACCAUGGUACGCGCAUAAGCUUGAGGUAUGCACUGCAGCUCCUUACGCCCUCUAGCAUUCUUGCGCGGGUAAGCGGUCGCAAUCAGAUUGAUGUUGCGGAUGUGGGAGAAUGCGAGGACUUGUUUAUUGACACCCGGAGGAGUGCGGCCAUCGUGAAUGGCGCAGCUGGUGCUCACUUCAUUUCAUAGAAGG